CACGGGAGGCAGGAAACAGUCACAGGAAAAGGAUCUUGCCUGGUGGUGUGGGCACGAUGGAAACCAACUUCUCCAUCCCUCUGAAUGCAUCUGAAGAGGGGCUCCACGAGUCUACCAGCUACACUGCUCUGCAGAUCCUCCCACUGGUGGUCCUGGGAGUCACCUUUGUCCUCGGGGUCCUGGGCAACGGGCUUGUGAUCUGGGUGGCUGGAUUCCGGAUGACACACACGGUCACCACCAUCUCUUACCUGAACCUGGCCCUGGCCGACUUCUCUUUCACCGCCACCCUACCGUUCCUCAUAGUCUCCAUGGCCAUGAGAGAAAAAUGGCCCUUCGGCCGGUUCCUAUGUAAGUUAGUUCACAUCGUGGUGGACGUCAACCUGUUUGGAAGUGUCUUCCUGAUUGCGCUCAUUGCCCUGGACCGUUGCAUUUGUGUCCUGCAUCCAGUCUGGGCCCAGAACCACCGUACCGUCGGUCUGGCCAGGAAGGUGAUCCUGGGGCCCUGGGUUCUUGCCCUGCUCCUCACCUUGCCAGUUUUCAUCUUCUUGACCACAGUAACUACGCCGAAUGGGGACACGUACUGUACUUUCAACUUUGCAUCCUGGGGUGACACCAUGGAAGAGAAGCUGAAGGUGGCCAUCUCCAUGCUGACGGUCAGAGGGAUCAUCCGGUUCGUUGUUGGCUUUAGCAUGCCGAUGUCCAUCGUUGCCGUCUGCUAUGGGCUCAUCGCCGCCAAGAUGUACAAAAAAGGCAUGAUUAAAUCCAGUCGUCCGAUGCGGGUCCUCACUGCUGUCGUGGCUUCUUUCUUCAUCUGUUGGUUCCCCUUCCAACUGGUUGCCCUUCUAAGCACAGUCUGGCUCAAAGAGAUGUUGCUGCUCGGCCAGUAUAAAAUCCUCGAUGUGCUGGUUAACCCAACGAGCGCCCUGGCCUUCUUCAACAGCUGCCUCAACCCGAUGCUCUACGUCUUCGUGGGCCAGGACUUCCGAGAGAGGCUGAUCCACUCCCUGCCGGCCAGUCUGGAGAGGGCCCUCACCGAGGACUCAGCCCCGACCAGUGACACGGCGACCAGUUCUGCCUCACCUCCUGCAGAGGCCGAGUUGCAGGCAGUGUGAGGAGUGUCAGAGACAUUUUGGGGCUUUGUCUCGUCCUACCCUGAUCCCAGUUCCAGCUUCAUCUAACCUGAGUCACAGUGAGCUUCUAGUAUAAGUGGCUCAAGUGUUUACUAAGGAAAAAUACUUUCGUACCCCUGAUUUUGUGGUAAGAAAUAGACAAUGAGGAGAUUAGCAUUAUUUUUGGCUUUUAGACCUCAGCCUGUACCAUGCAGUAAGGGGAGGUGGAAAACAAGCCCAAGACAAAACAAAGAGUGGUGGGAAUUUGUAAGGAUUGGAUGAGAUGGUAUAUAAUAAGGGGAAGGCUUUAGUAUUUCACCCUAAAGCAAAAUGCUUGCUGUAGGUUUUUUUUUUUCUUUUGAGACAGGGUCUUGCUCUGUUGUCUA